AUGACAACUUCAUUUUCACCAAAUGUAUCAAUUUAUUGCAUUGGUUUUGUAAACAGAAAUCAUUGGGUUCAGGUAAACAUGAAAGAACCAGUGACAGUAGAUUGGAAGAAGUUUCGUUCUCCAGCAGCAACAUCUUGGAUACUAGGAUUUGCAGGAUGUCUACAACAUUGGCAACAACUUACGCCUAUAUUACCAACGCAUUAUGAAUUAUAA